CCCACCAAUGAACCAAGCUCGAUACAGUGUUCUGAUAGACUUGGCACCUCAACCACUCAACACUAAUGAUAGUGUCCUAAUUAUUUUGGAUGUGAAGUCUCCCAGUAAUAGAGUAGUACUUGGAUGCAUUGGCUUGGACGAAACGUGACACAUCUUAACAAUGUUGAGAGUGGCCGUAAAAAAACAGCGUGUACGUUUUAUGAUGCGUGUGCGAUCAUGCAUGAAUGGGUUGGCUCGUCCCUAACGAGUAACCACAAAGCCAGCACUUGUCCCAGACGAAAGGGCCCGAGUCCAGCCCCGAUCAAGGCACGCAGGGAUUUAACGCCCAUGUUUGCGCCCGGGACGGCAGCAUUCUCCCCCGACCGGAUGGAGUGCACGUCGGCCAGAAAAUGAACAGCCCAGAUCGUGUAUCCACCUUGGCACCAUGAUCCACAGGGUCCAAAGCAAGGCUGACUCAACUCAACAACCCUCUGCUUGGAACAUUGUUGCCGGACCAAACCCACAAUGCAACCCCUAUAAAUCCCCUGCCCCCUCCCAUGGAGUCGCUGCACUCACUUCACGCGCCACACUAACUAGAGAAGUAGGGACCCACAGGGCCAAAAGCCGGAACACUCUCGGCGCGCCACAGACAUCCGAUCGACGAUGGCCGUCGAGGUCGUCACGUCCGAGCUGGUGCCGCCGAGCGAGCCCACGCCGCGGGGCGCGCUCUGGCUGUCCAACCUCGACCUCGCCGCCAGGAACGGCUACACCCCGACGGUCUACUUCUUCCGCCGCCCCGACGACGGCUUCUGCUGCGGCGACGGCAAGCCGCCGCGCGGCUUCUUCUCGGCCGACGUCAUGCGCGCGGCGCUGGCCGCCGCGCUGGUUCCGUUCUACCCCUUCGCCGGCCGCCUCGGCGUCGGCCGCGACGGGCGCGCCGAGAUCGACUGCAACGCCGAGGGCGCGCUCUUCGUCGUCGCCCGGUCCGCGGGCGCGCUCGACGACGUCUUCGAGGGCUUCGCGCCGUCCGAGGCCAUGCGCGACAUGUUCGUGCCGGCGUACGAGUCCGCCGGCCCCGGGGCACCCCUGCUCCUGCUUCAGGUCACCUUCUUUCAGUGCGGCGGCGUGGCGCUGGGCACGGCGAUGCACCACUUCGUUAUCGACGGCCGCAGCGCCUUCAACUUCAUCCGUACGUGGGCCGGCAUAGCCCGCGGGGACGCCGGCGCCGCCGUGGUACCGUCCCUCGACCGCACGCCCCUCCGGGCGCGCCCGCAGCCGGCCGUCCUCUUCGACCACACCCACGAGUACGGCGGCGGCCGCCGGAUCACAGCAGCAGGCGGCAGCAGCAAGCAGGAUUACGCCAGCGCCAUCCUCCGCGUGAGCGGCGCGCAGACGGCGGCGCUCCGCGCCCGCGCGGGUGCGGUGUCCACCUUCCGCGCGCUGGUGGCGCACGUGUGGCGGUGCGCGUGCACGGCGCGCGCGCUGGCCCCCGACGCCGAGUCCCGCCUGUACACGAUGGUGGACAUGCGCGGCCGCCUGUCCCCGCCGCUGCCGGAGGCCUUCUUCGGCAACGCGGUGGCGCGCACCUCGGCGUCCGCCCGCGUCGGCGACCUGCUGGGCGGCCCGCUGGGGUUCGGCGCGCGCCGGCUCCGCGCGGCGACGGGGCACGGGGACGGGUACGCGCGGUCGCUGGUGGACUACCUGGAGACGGCGGACCCGGCGGCGCUGCCGCGCGGCGGGCUGCCCGGCACGGACCUGCGGGUGAUCAGCUGGCUGGGGAUGCCGUCGUACGACGCCGACUUCGGGUGGGGUGAGCCGGCGCUGCUGGCGCCGGCGCUCAUGUACUACCCGGGGUUCGUGUACCUGCUCAACUGCCCGGGGAAGGAGGGCGGCGUCGCGGUGGCCGCGGCGCUGGAGCCCGAGCGCAUGGAGCGCUUCAAGGAGCUCUUCUUCGAGGGGCUGGCCACCGUGGUGUGAGAGAGUGGGACGGACGUUCAUGCGUGUUCGAGCGUUGCGCCAGUUCACUUAGAUUACGAGUUGUCACGAUGCUUACUAAUGACCAUCUUCUGUAUCGUGUACGUCUGCAUAUAUGUACAUCUAUAUCGCUGAACUAAACGGACUGUUACCGUGUGGGGCCCGCGGUGUGGGUCGACC